AUGGGUCCUAUAGAGCUCAAUAAGCGUCGCAUCUUCUUUCUUCUCGGUGGCAUCAUUGCCUUCUACAUUGUCUUUCACGGCUUAGCCUUUGGUGGUGAUAGCCUGAAAGACGUCGCUUCUCAUAUCCCCAUCCCGGGUCACCUCACCCCUACCGAACACAAACCACCUAUAGGUCAGGAUGAGGAUGAUAUCUGGGACUUGGGUCCGGAUCCUGUCUCUGUUGUACCUCCUCAAUCUCACCCAAGUGCUACACCCGAUCCCGAUCCCGAUCCCGCAAAGGCUGCCCAAUCUGGUUCCGCUGUACCACACAUCCAACCUACACCCACCGCUGCAACCACCCAUUUCGAUCUACAUCCAAUUGCGCAUUUGAUGGAAGAGGCAGAUAAACAAUGGAGGAUCUAUGAAACUGGUGCCUCUGCGACCUUCAGACAAACUGUCGAGAAGUACAGGAGUCGAUAUGGAAGACAUCCUCCCCCAGGUUUUACCGAUUGGUACAAGUUCGCUCGCAAGAAAAACGUGGUCAAUGUCGACGACUUUGAUCAGAUUAUGGACGACCUACGACCAUUCUGGGCCGUUAAGCCUUCCGAUAUUCGCGUCCAUGCCGCCCACAUGUGGGAGAAUGCCAAUUUUGGCGUGGCCGUCAUUCAUAUUCGUAAUCACAAAGUCAUUCGAAUCGAUAAUGGAAGUUGGAGAUCUGAUACAAUGGCCAAGGUCAUUGAAACCUUCAUCGAAUUUCUCCCCGACAUGGAUAUUGCCAUGAAUAGGCUUGAUCAACCACGUCUGAUAGUUCCAUGGGAAGAUAUGCAACAAAUGCUAAGUCAGGAGUACAAAUCCCGUGUCAUGCCCCCAGAAGUUGUGGAUAGCUUUACUCAAAAGCUUCCUGGUCUACUUGAUAUGGAUAUCGAAGAUAUGGCCAUGGACAAUUCCACUAGACUCAGCGAGGAUUGGUUCUUUCGUCCGGGAAAACAAUAUAUGGAAGUUGCCUCCAAGGCUUGUCCUCCAGAAUCUCCUGCAAGGUCAAAUAUGUCAAUCGCCCAGGCAGAUCAGCAUUACAAGGAAUCCUCCACCGGGCUGAUCAACAAUUUCAACCUCUCCUCCGAUCUGUGCACGGUUGGACCAGCAAUUCAGGACCUGCACGGCUUACUCUAUUCUGCAAGUAGCAUUAUAGCUUCCCAUAAAUUGGUUCCUAUCUUUGGAGAGUGCAAAGUCAACAUCAACAAUGACAUUCUCUUUCCAGCAAACAUGUACUAUCUACAUGAUGUCAGAUAUGACUAUAAUGCUGAAGAGGAUUUGGAUUGGAGGGACAAAGAAGAUAACAUCAUUUGGCGUGGUGUUACUUCUGGAGGUGUUCAGACCGACGAUAACUGGCAACGUAUGCACAGACAACGCCUGGUCCAACUGUUCAACGGAACACAUGCCAAGGAAACCAAUGCCAAAGCUAAGAUUUUGACCCAGAAGAGAUUCGAAGUACCACAACAAAACACCACUUAUGAGCCUUUUGAUAAAUUCAAACCUGAUCAGUUUGCUGAGCAACAUGGAGAUAUUGGCUUUGUUGAAGCUUGGGGCUGUGUACCAAACUGCAGCUUUUACGAUUCUGUCUUUUCGUGGAAACCACAAGUUUCACUCACUUCACAAUUCAAAUCGAAAUAUUUGAUCGAUGUGGAUGGUCAUUCCUUCUCUGGUCGAUGGCAUGCUUUCUUACAAAGUAAAAGCCUCGGCUUCAAAGCCACAAUCUUCCGUGAAUGGCACGAUAGUCGACUUUUCGCAUGGCGACACUUCGUCCCUGUCGACAAUCGAUACGAUGAUCUAUAUGCAUUGAUGACAUACUUCGUCGGCUAUGGAAAACCAAACAUGGAACAUGCUACUGAAGGACAUGAUCUCAACCCUCAAGUCUAUAUUGCACCCCACGCCAAAGAAGCUCAAACCCUGGCAAAACAAGGCCGUGAAUGGGCAAACAAAUCAUUGAGGCGAGAAGACAUCGAGGUCUACAUGUUCAGAUUGCUUCUGGAAUAUGGGAGAAUCAUGGAUGACAACCGAGAUCAUAUUGGCUAUUCUGGCGAUGGCAGCGACUUGGAUAAAUUCGAUGCUUCGGAGGGUAAGGGCGAGAGAAAGGGCUUGUGGGGUGUUGCUGGCUGGUAA